AUGGCAAGGCUGGGGAAGAUCGAUCUAAGGGGUGAACCUAUUUCCGGAUUCCUUCUAGUGCUUAAGAGCAGCAGGUGCUGUAGCGAAACUGAUUGCAAAAGAGGGGCUACAUUAAAAUUACCUUCUGGAGAGGUCCGUUUGAUAUCCAAAAACAGCUCAGCAACAGUCAGACAAGUAGGGAAUGUUGGAGUAAACCAGAAAAGUUUGGGCAGAGCCGGAGCGGCUAGGCUGAUUUCUCCUCUUCUGACUGCCCUUCUUCAGGCACAACCAUACCUUCUGGCAAUGAAAUUGGAUUUAUCCCCGCUCGAUUUCUUUCUUGCGGAAGAAGAUCGGACUAAGUUCCUUUCCCCAUUCUUGGGUGGAUUAGAAGCAUUAGAAGAUCUUCCCCAUCCCUAUUGGAAUGAAUGCUUGAAUGGUCCUUUCCCCUUUGGCCAAGCUAGUAAAGUACCUCAUUCUAUCAUUUCUUACUUGACUUUUUUGACUGUAGCGGUUACGGCUAGACUACUUUGCUCAGCCACUCCUUGCUUCAUUUUUGAAUGGAAAAGAAAGGCUAUUUUCAGUUACGGACUUAGGGACCCGGGUCAAAAAGAUGUCUUUCGCCCUGAGAUAGAUUUCUUUCUCGGAUCCGCUAUAUAUUAUACAUUGGUUCAAGAAGGGCCUUCCAAACUGGAUCAUCCCACUCACUGUCUGUGGGGUAGGAGGUUGUCACCGACAGAGCGCAAUUACACCAUAACUGAAAGAGAAGGACUCACAUGGUACAUUCUGUACAGAAGUUUCGACAUUAGCUAUUAG